GUGUUUGUUUUGUCCUGUUGUUUUUAAAUACAGUCAAAAUGCCAAUAAGACCAGAUUUCCAGCAGUUGGAAAAGUGCAUUGAUGAUGCUUUAAGAAAAAAUGAUUUCAAACCUUUGAAAACACUUGUCCAAAUUGAUGCUUGUGAAGAUGUGAAGAUUAAAUGCAGCAAACAGUUCUUCCACAAGUUGGAUGACCUUAUGUGCAGGGAACUUAAUAAAAAGGAUAUCCAAACUGUUUCAACCAUUUUGGUUACUAUUGGAAGAUGUGCCAAAAAUAUCAGUAUAUUAGGCCAAGCUGGACUUCCAACCAUGAUAAAACAAGGACUAGUACAAAAGAUGGUUUCCUGGUUGGAAAAAUCCAAGGAGAUUAUCCUAAGUCAAGAAAAUACAAAAGAUGAAGCUGUUACAAAUAUGAUAGAAGACUUACUUGAUCUUUUGAUGGUCAUACAUGAUGUCAGUGAUGAAGGUGAAAAACAAGUAGUGGAAACUUUUGUACCUCACCUUUGUGCCCUGGUUAUUGACUCAAGAGUGAACAUUUGUGUUCAGCAAGAGACUCUAAAAAAAAUGAAUGCUAUACUGGACAGAAUGCCUCAACUUGCCAGGAAUAUUCUCUCUAACCAAGAAAUGUUAAUUCUCAUGAGUAGUAUGGGAGAAAGGAUUUUAGAUGUUGGAGAUUAUGACUUACAGGUAGGCAUUGUAGAAGCUUUAUGUAGAAUGACCACAGAAAAACAAAGACAAGAACUUGCAUGUCAGUGGUUUUCAAUGGAUUUCAUUGCUAAUGCUUUUAAAAGAAUUAAAGACUAUGAGUUUGAAACAGAUUGCAGGAUAUUUCUCAACUUUAUAAAUGGCAUGCUUGGAGACAAGAGAAGGGUCUUUACAUUUCCGUGUUUGUCAGCAUUUCUUGAUAAACAUGAGCUGAAAAUACCAUCAGAUGAAAAACUUGAGGAAUUUUGGAUUGAUUUUAAUCUUGGAAGCCAGACUCUAUCAUUUUACAUUGCUGGAGAUAAUGAUGAUCAUCAGUGGGAAGCAGUCACUGUGUCUGAGGAAAAAGUACAGUUAUACAGCAUUGAAGUGAGAGAAUCAAAGAAGCUGCUGAUCAUAAUUCUGAAAAAUAUUAUAAAAAUUAGUAAAAGAGAAGGGAAAGAAUUGAUUUUGUAUUUUGAUGCAUCAUUAGAAAUCACUAAUGUAACUCAAAAAAUUUUUGGUACAGAUAAAUAUAGGGAAUUUACCAGAAAACAAGGUAUUUCAGUUGCCAAAACAUCUGUGCAUAUACUUUUUGAUGCAAGUGGAUCACAGAUUCUAGUGCCAGAAAGUCAAGUCUCACCAGUAGAAGAACUUGUUAGCUUUAAAGAAAAAUGUAGCUCCCCAAAAGAAUUUGCUAAAUCUCUCAAAUAUAUCAAUAGUAAUCAAGGGGAUAGAAAAAAUCGUCAGCUUGAGAUAACUACUCCUAGCAAAAGAAAAAUGUCUGAAGCAUCAAUGAUUGUUCCUGGUGCAGAUAGAUAUACUGUGAGAAGUCCUAUACUUUUAAUCAACACACCACCACCACGAAGAGGAAGAAUUAAACCACCACUGCAAAUGAUGAGUUCUGCAGAAAAACCUGGUGUUUCUGAAACACUGGAAAAUGGAGUGGAUAAGGCUGCAUCACUUAAAUCUAAACCAUCUGAAGGAAGAAAUAGAGGAUAUAAUACAGACAAACAUUUCAAAACUGCUGUAGUUGUAGAAAAGACAGAAAAUAAGGAAGUUGAAUUCCCAGACAAAAAUUUUAAUGAACUCCAGGAUGUUGUACCUGAUUCACAGGCAGAGGAAAAAAGAGAUAAACCUGUAUUACCUGGUGUUUUAGACAAUAUCUGUGGCAAUAAAAUGCACUCCAAAUUGGCAUGUUGGACACCUGUAACAAAUAUCGAACUAUGUAAUAACCGAAGAGCAAGUACUUCAUCAGGAGAGACAUUUAAUCAAGAUGUUGUUAUAAACAAAAAACUUACUAAACAAAAGCCAUCGUCUUCGAUAUCUGAUGAUAAUUCUGAAGAAACAAGGAAGGUAAAAUAUAAGAAAGAAAGAGUGGACCAUAAUAAAAUAGAUAAAGGAGAAGUAGAAGUUUACAAAAGAAACAAUCAACAAGAAAAUCAUCCUAAAUAUUCAGAGGAGAAAAAUACUAAAAAUACCAAGCAGAAUGAUUGGCGUAUUGAAUCUGAAACAACUUUUAAAUCAGUUCUCCUAAAUAAGACAGUUGAAGAAUCGCUGAUAUAUAGGAAGAAAUAUAUACUCUCAAAAGACAUGAAUUCUGCUAUUUGUGAUAAAAGCCUUUCUAGAAAAAAUGUGAAAAGUCAUAGAAAAUCAGGGAAAGAAUUGACUUCUGAACUGAAUUCUUGGGAUUUGAAACAAAAAAAAGUGAGAGAAAAUUCAAAAGGGAAAGGAUUUACUGAUGCAACAGACACCUUGAUAAGCAAAAUUAAUAAGAGAUACAAACCAGAAGAUGAUGUAAAGUCUACUAGAAUACUCAAGGAGGCUUUGAUUGACAGUGGCUUUUCAAACAAACCAGAUGUACAACUCAGUACAGAAAAGGUUCAGAAGAAAAGUUAUAGAAAACUGAAGACUACUUUCGUUAAUGUUACUUCUGAAUGCCCAUCGAAUGAUGUUUACAAUUUUAAUUUGAGUGGAGCUGAAGAACCUAUUAUAAAACUUGGAAUCCAAGAAUUUGAAGCCACAACUAGAGAAGCCUGUGUGGAUAAUUCAAUAAAAUUGAUAGGUUUAAGGAGUCAUGAUGAACUUGAACCUUCUCUCAGAACAAAAGAUAAAAAAAUCAUAACAGAUCAUAAGAAAAAUCUUUUUAGUGACAAUGAAGCAGAACACAGAUGUGAUGACAACAAAACUGACAUUAGCUGGCUAAGAGAACCGAAAUCAAAACCACAGCUAAUAGACUACAGCAGAAACAAAAAUGUGAAGAAACAUACAAGUGGGAAAUUAAGAUCAUCUUUGGAGAAGAGACAGCCAAGAUCUAAAAUGACAUCCGAUAAAAGUAUCACCAAAAAGGUCGACAAGACAGUUCCAGAUGAGAGAACUAAACUUCCACGAAGAGCAGCAAAAACCAAAAAAAAUUACAAAGAUCUCUCAAAUUCAGAAUCAGAGAGUGAACAAGAAUUUUCACAUUCAGUUAAAAAGAAAUUGCUAGUAAAGGAGGAGAAUAUCCAUUCUAAAACCAAAACGAUAAGCCUUCCAAAGAAAAAAUGGAAAGUCUUGGGUAAUACACAAAAGGAGCUACCAAAAGAAUGGAAAAACUCGUCUUUAUUAAAAGAUACUACACGAGACAACUGCCUUGACUUAUCUCCUCUAUCUGGAACUCCAUCAUCUAUAGAAGUAAUGAGAUGUGUAGAGAAAAUAACAGAAGGGGAUUUUUCCCAGGAUUACUGUGCGACAAGAUCUAUAUCACCUUACCCAAAAAUCUCAUCAUCUGAAUCCUUAAGCAGUAACAGUGGAGUUGGGCAUCCAAUAAAGUCACCCCAAAACAAUGAUAACAACUUACUCCAUGCAAGUGGAAGUUGUUCACCAACUUCACAACCACUCUUUUUGCCCAGGCAUACUCCAACUAAGAAUAAUAGUGUUGUGAAGAGAAAAAAUAUAAAUUCUGUGGUACUUGCACAAGAAACACAAAAUUGUAACAGCUAUUCAGAUAUAAGCAGUCAUAGUUUAGAAAAACGGUUUCUGGAAAUCGAAUCUCCAAAUUUCUCUGAAAAUCACAUACAAAGAAAAAGAGAGGGAAGUCGCUCAGCAUCUCUAUUAUCCAUGUGUAAUGAAGACAAAGAGAAUACGUGGUUUGACAUGCCCUAUAACACUACUCAUGUAUCAGGCCUCACUCACCAUCUUAGUCGCAAACGAAUGUACAUAGAAGAUAAUCUAAAUAAUUCUGAUGAAGUAGAAAUAGAAGAGAAAGAAGAAAGGAGAGCAAAAUUUGUUUUCCCCAAAAAGUAUAAAUCUGAAGAUACAGAUCAUCAUGUACACAAAACAUCUGAAAGUAUAUCUCCAUUGUCAAACAAUGAGUUUUCUAUUCAUGGGGAGAACUGGGAUGGUGAAUUUUCAGGUGCAGGGAUGAUUUGUGAGAAGUUCAAUUCAGAAUUUAGAAAGAGGAUUCAUAUCCGACAUAACAUUAUGGAUCAGUUUACUAAGCAAUCUUGUAAAACAGCCAAACAACAUCUGAAUUCAGUGAAGCAUCAGGUUAAGAACGUUAGGUUUAAAAGACUUGAUAAAUUCCAAUUCACCAUGACAGAGCAGCUGGACAGUUUUGAAAAAGAAUCACAGUCAUUAAACGAUUUUCAACAAGAAUUUGUGGAUUGUUGGGAAAGGACAUUUUACAUGAUGAAGGCAUGUCAAAAAAGUGAACUGCAGAGGCUUCAUCUUUUGAAAGCUGCAUUGGACAAACAUGUCUUCUAUGACACUGACUGUGAAGAAACCAUUUUUACAUCAGAGAUGUGUUUGAUGAAAGAAAACAUGAAAAUACUGCAAGACAAACUUCUGAAAGAUAUGCAAGAAGAGGAGCUUCUUAAUGUACGCAGAGGGCUGAUGUCAUUGUUCAUAACUCAUGAAAGAAAUGAUAAUAUGUGAAAUCCAGUUGUUGUCAACACAUUUUAUCUAAUUCUGUUUUGUAUAUAACUGAGGAAAUAAUAGAGUAGUCCUACAAUGAGGAAAAUAGACAUCUUCUAAUGGAUGAGACAGAAUCACUAUAACAUGACUCCAAGCCCAUAAGACUUUUAUCUGCAUAAUACUACUAUUUUUAAUUUUGGAGAAAGUUUCAGAAAACCAAACAGUAAAACAAAUUGGCUUACUUUUGUAGUAAUAUUUGCCUAAUGUGAAUAUU